CCGGUCCUGGUCCAAAUUGGAAAAUUCCAGAAAUGGGGGUCCCGCCUUGUCCCCCUAGGUCACAGGGGUGUCAGUCAUACACGUUAAUUCUUCGGAAAGAUGGGAAGAAGGCGGUGUUCAGGAACACACGUGCGUAUGAUAGCCCGGGGCCCGGAGAGGGAGGCCGGGGGUGGCAGUGGCCCCCGCCCCCCCCCCCCCGGCUUCAUCACCCAGACGCGGGACAGGGUGCCUCUGCCGGCGCCGUCCCCAGACGCCCCUCCGUCCUGGGGAACGUGGGGGGAGAGGCGGGAUGGGCGCCCGGCACACGGGGGCGGUCAGGCGGGCCGUGGCCCCGGGGGGAGCAGGGGGCUCUCCACCCCUCCCGCACGCCCUGCCUCGCUUCUCUCCCGCCCAGUGAAGGGGGUGGAGGGUUUCCACGUGCUGUCCACGGACUACAGCUUCGGCGUGGUCUACCUGCGCCUGGGCCGCGCCGGCCGGACCGCCAAGAUGCUACUGUUCUUAAGCAGACGGAACACGUCCAGCUUCCCGAGCAUGAAAAGAUUCGUAGACAUAUGUGAGACUUUGGAGCUCGCCGACGGUGUGACCGUUCUUCCGAAAGACGCCUCCUGUGCGCACACCAUCCUGCCCUGAGGGCCACCACCUUUACUUUGGGGCUCCGCUCGUGGUCCUCCGAGACCCCAGGAGCGUUCUUCGCGAUUCCGGGAGUUCUCAUCCCGCGGCUUGCUGAGAGGUGUCUGGUGACCCCAGGCCGCUGAUGGGGUGAAGUCCGAGGGCCGUGGCUCUAGCCCAAGAGGGAUCCUUGAUGAUCCUCAGGAGCUGGGGAUAGGAGGGCACGUGCUGGCCGGCAGGGAGAGUCCGGUCCUGGCCCGUCAGCUCGUGCCCUCCAGGUUCCACGGCCGAGAGGGGCUGUCACCUCCUGUCUGCUGGGAAAUAGACCUCGGACCGGUCCAGUGUAAUCCUCGCCGCGUGUCUUCUCUGCAGUGAGUCUGUGCACUGCUCCCUGGGCUCCCCGACACCCCACACUUCCCCAGAAAGCAGCUCACUCCUUCAGGAAACACGUAGAAGCACCCGUGACACGCCAGGCACGUGCUCGCUGCUGGCGAGAGGGCAGUGAGCAAAAUAGGCAAUAGCUUAUUGGAAUUUGGGGACUGUCAGCCUCUGAGAGAGAGGGCCUCGAGCGUCCUAGAUGCCUUCUGUACAGCUGCACAAGGACUAUGCACACCAUAAUUCUUCCAGAGUCUCCACAAAGACAUUACCCUAAUGAGGUGCCUGCAGGAAGAGCUCUUGACCACCUCACACUUUCUGUGCCAGUCUCCCGGCUCGGCUCGGCUGGGAGCCUCAGCCCCACGGUCACCCAGGAGGCCAGGGCUGCAGCCUCAGCUGAGGCUCGACUGGGGCAGGGUCCGCCUCCAAGACCGCGACCGGGCACGUGCUCUUGGCAGGAUUCGGCUGGGACUGGGGGGUCUCAGGACGUCUGUGUCUCAGCCCGGGGCCUCUGCAGGUUCUUGGCCCUGGGCCUCCUGGGGCAGCUCAUGUUAUCUGCUCUUGCUUCGUCAGAGAGAGACACACACACAGACACACAGACUGACACAGAGACAGAGAAUGGACCCGGGAGAAAAGGAACCUGGAGACACCACAGGCUUUCAUGAACCACCUUGGAAGCGACACCCAUCGUUCUAUUCUCUUCCUCAGAACCGGUCACACGGGCCUUCCACCGGGGAGGAGAGGGGAUGUCACGAGGAUACAAGAGGCUGUGUUAGUAAAAGAGGGCACAUGUCGGAGACAGAGACCCUUGUUUGUGCUGUGACACCACAGCCUGACGCCAGCAGGGACACGGCUGGUCCUCCCGUGGCCCAAACAGAAACCGGGAGAUGCAGAAGGCUGGAUGGUCACACCACAGAGGGGAGAGCAUCCCUCACG